AUGACAGGUUCCAAUGAACUUAUAUCUAGAUCUGCUAGGAGCAGACAGGAUAAUUUAAAGGGAUCUGCGAAACUGUUCAAUGACUUGAUCGAAACUUCAAAAAACUUACCGACUACUACAUCGGAGCUAGGAACUAUACUCUUGAGUGUCAAUGAAGUGAAGAAAAGAGCGCAUGAACUGAGGGAAAAAAACAAUUCCAGAUGUGAUCAUACCAAGGCUCAUUAUCUAUUGGCUGGGAGUGGUCUCGCUAUACAAGAUGUAGAAUCUUCUCUAAAAAAUUUAGAAUCAAGGCAGUUCCUGGAACAAAACGUUCCCAACAAACACGAUGGUGACCUCGACAAUUACCUACGCACAAAAAAGGAUGAAAACAUUCUCUCCUCGAUCGAACAGUCUCUGGCUUUAGCAUCUAAGGAUUUUGAUAAUUUUGUGAACCAAAAUUUUAAUCUCGAUUGGCAACAGAGGAAAGAAGAAAUUAGAGAGAACUUUGGUGUCUUGAUUAAGAAGAGAAAAACCAGUGACAUUGCAGCAGGAGCUCCUCUUAAUCGCUCUGCCCCAACGUGGGGAAGAACAGGACGUAGUAUUCUCGAUGGAGAAUCGAGGCUGAAUGUGAACGAAAAUUAUGCCAUGCGGGAUAAAUUCGAAAGAUAUGCGAGGAUAAUCAACAGGUUCAACAAUGCGAGGCAAGCCAAUCAUGAUUUUCCAUUGACCUCCGAGUUCAUACAGACUUUUGAUAAAUCUACGGAUUCCAAAUAUCGUCAACUUCUUGAGAGCUGGCAAAUAUUGGACAAUCUCCACGGUGAUCGGGAUAUUGUAGGCUCAUCGAAAAGGUUCCUCGAAAGGCAGUUCUUGACAUACGUGGAUAACUUAUAUGAAAAAAAUCCCAGCGAAGGUCUUCCAACUAAUAUUAACAAGAUAAAGUCAUUCAUCGAAUACAAAUUGAAGAAUUCGAAUAACACUUGGAAGUACGGUAAUUUAACAAUAGUGAAUGGAACACCGGUAUGGGCUCUUAUAUUUUACCUUCUUAGGGCUGGGCUCACUCAGGAUGCACUUGAAGUUGCCAUCAACAAUAAAUUGAGUUUUAAAAAAGUUGAACAGUCCUUUUUGACGUAUUUCAAAGCAUACGUUACUUCAGAAAAUUCUCGAUUGCCGCAGGAGUUUGUCUCUAAACUUCACACUGAAUACAACCAACACAUAAAAAACUCACUCGAUGGCGAUCCAUUUAGAUUGGCAGUAUACAAGAUCAUUGGUAGGUGUGAUUUGACAAGAAAGAACAUAUCGUCCAUAACAUUGAGUAUCGAAGAUUGGAUUUGGGUGCAUUUCAUGUUGAUAAAGGAGGAUAUUUCAGGAGACGAUCCCAUAUACGAAAGGUACAAUCUAGAGGAUUUUCACAAUAUCAUCACCUCCUAUGGUGUCUCCAGAUUUAAUAAUUACUACCUUCAGGUCCUACUACUGAGUGGCCUGUAUGAGCUAGCAGUUCAGUAUGCCUUUUCAAUUAGCGAGAUCGACGCUGUGCAUCUGGCAAUUGCCUUAGCUUACUAUAAAUUAUUAAGCGUUUCCAACUUCCACGGGAUCAGUGAUGAUGAUCUGAUUACCCUGAAUGAAGGAAAAAGAGAAAUUAAUUUUGCGAAGCUAUUAGGGAACUAUACAAAGUCUUUCAAAUUCUCAGAUCCUAGAAUUGCGGUCGAAUACUUGAUAUUGAUAGGAUUAAUACAUGAUAAGAAUCAAAUUGAACUGUGUCACGAAGCAUUGCGGGAAUUAGUCCUAGAAACAAAGGAGUUCACCAUUCUGCUCGGUAAGAUUAACAGAGAUGGAACAAGAAUACCAGGUAUUAUCGAAGAAAGACAACCAUUGUUAUACGUCAGUGACGAAAAGGACUUUUUGUAUACGAUCACUGAACAAGCCGCCAGACGCGCAGAUGAUGACGGUAGAGUUUAUGACAGUCUUCUGCUUUAUCAACUCGCCGACGAAUAUGAUAUUGUAUUAUCUAUUGUCAAUAAAUUGUUGGCGGAAUUGCUGAGUAACACUGAUUUAGAUCAGCCAAUUCUCAAUCUCGAUGAUAACAGUGAGACGAAUCCAGUUUUAAUAGCGAAAAAGCUAAUCAACGUAUAUGGUAGUAAUCUGGAGAUCUCUAAAACUAUCAAUCCAAAAAACAAGGAAACUUGCCUCUUGUUGUUGAAAUUAGUGGAUAUCAGAAAAUGCUAUCUCGCUCAGCAAUGGCAGCGAGCUUUACAGAAGAUAGAGGAGAUUGAUUUGGUUCCUUUUGAAGAUGAGCUUGCAGCGAGGAAGAAGGCUCAAGAUUUUCCAAAUCUCAAUCUGAAUAUCAUCCGAAACAUACCCAAUCUUCUGAUCAUCACCAUGUCCUGUAUUUCCAAUAUUAUUUCACAGUUAAAUCAAAGUGAUUUUCAAACGGACCCCAAAACUCAGCAAAUUAAUGCACUCAGAAAAGUGGCGAAAUACUGCAUGAUUUAUGCGGGCAUGAUUCAAUAUAAAAUGCCUCGAGAAACUUAUAGCAUACUAAUCAACAUCGAGGUGGGCCUAUGA